AACAUAAUAUACCUAUGACUGGUUUAGAUGAAAGAGGCUAUUAUAUUUGGGCAAAGUACAUUAAAAGAACUAGACAAACAAUUACUACAACUAUUCUUGAUAUAUUAGAAAAAUCAAACAAAACAAUUACUACAACUAUUCUCAGUAGGUUGAAAGAACCGGACAAAACAAUUACUACAACUAUCUUCAAUAUGUUGAAAGAACUAGACAAAACAAUUACUACAACUAUUCUCA